GAGCUGCGUUUCGGGAAGCGGGAGAUCCAGUAUGUGAAGUGAUUUUAAGCCCAUUGAUAAAGAGUGGUGAAGGGGGCUGGUCCCGGCUCCGCUGACGUCAUUCUGAGGGGCUCUGUAGAUGGCUCCUCAAUGCUCCGCGGCAGCACGGGCCCACACAUGCGUCAACGGCCAGCUGUCAGGAGGCACCAGCACACUGCUGUGAGAGGGAGGGAAGGAAGGAAGGAAGGAAGGAAGGAAGGAAGGAGGAAAAAGUAAAUACAAAGCUUAGAAAGGACGGAAGGCACUAGAUAUCCUUGAUUGAGGACAAUCAGGUUGACCCUUGCUGCUGUCACUUCGUCUGUCACAGAGACCGACAUAAGAACACGGGAGAGCCAUGGGUUCGUCCACAGAUGAAGAAUUCAAAGAGAAAUUACUGUGGAAUGUGAAACGAGAGGUGAAACAGAUCAUGGAGGAGGCAGUGACUAAGAAGUUUGUCCAUGAAGACAGCAGCCACAUCAUCGGCCUUUGCAGCACCAUCGAGGCGUGUCUGAGCCACCUGUUGAAGCGGCGAGCAGCGGGCUUCCUGCGUAGCGACAAGAUCGCCGCCCUUUUCACCAAGAUUGGCAAGGUCAACGCCACGGCGGGAGAGGUGUGUCGGAAGGUCCAGGAGCAGCUCGCACAGCAGGCAGAGGUCACCAGAACCCAGAGGACCCAGAGGACCCAGAGUGUGGGUCAGGAGCCCCUGAAGAGGCAGGGGUCGUCGUCUGCAGGUCGCGGCCCCCAGCCCCUCUCCGCUCAGGCCAUUAAGCACAUCUGGGUACGCACCGCCCUCUUCGAGAAGGUCCUGGACAAGAUCGUACAGUACAUUGUGGAUAACUCCAGUAAGUACUAUGAGACAGAGUCUCUGAUGCAUGACACAGUGUUUGGACCCAUCCUGGCAUGUCUACUAGUGGGUCCAUGUGCUCUGGAGUACACUAAGCUGAAGACGUCCGACCACUUCUGGACGGACCCGUCUGCCAACGAGUUGGUCCAGCGCCACCGGAUCCACGGGGCCCACCGGGGCCAGGAUGCUUCCCCCAGCAGGAGGCCCGCUCUGGGGAUCCGGAAGAGGCAGUCCAGCGUCAGCAUGUCCGAGGAUAAGUUUGCGGCGUCUGCGCGGGAAUACGUGGAAUCUCUUCACCAGAACUCCCGUACUCACCUGCUCUAUGGCAAAAACAACGUCCUGGUCCAACCGAAGAAAGAAAUGGAGGUGUUGCGGGGGUACCUGUCCCUUCACCAGUCAGGGGACAACCUCAUCCUGAAGUGGACCCCUAACCAGCUCAUCAACGGCACCCUGGGGGACUGUGACCUGGAGAAGAGUAUCUAUUGGGACUAUGCAUUGACCGUGCCUUUACGACAGAUCGUGUGCAUUCACUGUCACCAGCGACCUGACUGUGGUGGGACGUUGGUGCUGGUUAAUCAGGAUGGUAUCCAGCGUCCCCCCCUCCACUUCCCUCCCGGCGGCCACCUCCUGGCCUUCCUGUCCUGCCUGGAGACGGGCCUGCUGCCCCGCGGUCAUCUGGAGCCUCCACUCUGGAGCCAGAGAGGCAAGGGCAAGGUGUUUCCUAAGCUGAGGAAGAGGACCAGCACAGUCAGGCUGGUAGAUCAGGAGGGAGAGGAGCAGACAGUCAGGCUGGUAGAUCAGGAGGGAGAGGAGCAGACAGCAGCUGACUACGUAUUCCGCAUUGUCUACCCUGGACGUCACCACGACUCUACAGUGACUAUAAACUACCACCACACCACGGGCAGCCGUGCUCCCUCGCUGGAUGAUGAUGAAGAGGAAGAGGAUAGACUCCAGGCUAUGAUCUCAAUGAUGUGCUGGCGGAACCUCACAGAUCCUAAUGUCAUGAAAGACCAUGGGGAGAUGAUGGACAUCCAGGGAGCCUAUAUGGGAGGCAGCCCGUCGUCAUGGCAGCAGGGAGCAGAGUGCACCAGUCACAUGUCGUCAUGUCUGCCUUGCACUGCAGGGGGCAGUAAUGUCUCAUUGGAAUACCCAGCAGGCUGCACCUGCAUCCACGACCGGAGCCCUCUGAAGAUGCUGUGCCAGAAUAUGAAAAGGCAGAUCGUCUCCAGGGCCUUCUACGGAUGGCUGGCCUACUGUCGACACCUGUCCACGGUCCGUACCCACUUGUCAGCACUGGUCAACCACAACAUUGUCCCUCCUGACAAACCUUGUGAGGCGUCGGGGGGCCUGAGUAAAGACUUGUGGAGCAAGUACCAGAAAGACUGCAAGAACUAUAAGGAGUUGGAGUUGUUGCGGCUGGUGUAUUACGGAGGUGUACAGCAUGACAUCAGGAAGGAAGUCUGGCCCUUCCUGCUGGGUCACUACAAGUUUGGCAUGGGCAAGAAGGACAUGAGCCAGAUGGAUGAGAAGAUCAGUGCCCGGUACCAGCAGGUGAUGAAAGAGUGGAAGUCCUGCGAGGUGAUAGUCAAGCAGAGAGAGAAGGAGAUGCAGUCGGCCAUCUUUGCUAAGCUGUCUUCAGGAAGCAGCAUAGACAGCCACGUCCUCCGUCUCAUACACAGAGACUCCACUCUCAGCAACGAGGUGUUCAUGUCAGUCGAUGAGCCUGAGGUGGGGGGACAGGACACCCCAGGGGGGGGCGAAGGAGACACCCCCGGCCACUCUACAGUGGUUGCCCCGGCAGCCGGAGGGGCACUAGUUCCUGAUGAGCGCCCCCUGGUGGAGUUUGACUCCCCUGACUCCGGCCUCCCAUCCUCCAGGAACUACUCUGUCACUUCGGGACACUCUCAGAUUCUCUCCUCGAUCGACGACGGACAGAGCACGGAGGAGGACGGAGGAGCAGGGGAGGAGGCCCGGACACAAACACACAGUGUGACGGAGGAGAAGGAGCGACAGGAUUCGUUAAGUGAGGAGAGGCUGUGUAGUCAGCUGGAUAAGUUGAUGACCAAUGGGAAUGGAGGAGCGGAGGGGAUGCCUUCACUGUCCUCCUAUACGAUUGAGCUGUUGGACACAGUGGCUCUGAACCUCCACAGGAUAGAUAAGGAUGUCCAGCGCUGUGACCGUAACUACUACUACUUUACAACCGCUAACCUGGAGAAACUACGCAACAUCAUGUGCAGCUAUGUGUGGGAUCACCUGGAGAUGGGUUAUGUCCAGGGGAUGUGUGACCUGCUGGCCCCUCUCAUGGUCAUCCUGGACGAUGAGUGUCUGGCGUACAGCUGUUUCACCCAGCUGAUGAAGAGGAUGAGCCAGAACUUCCCCAACGGUGGAGCCAUGGACACACACUUCACCAACAUGAGGUCCCUCAUACAGAUCCUGGACUCUGAGCUGUUUGAGCUGAUGCAUCAGAAUGGCGACUACACCCACUUCUAUUUCUGCUAUCGCUGGUUCCUGCUGGACUUUAAAAGAGAGCUGCUGUAUCAGGAUGUGUUCUCAGUAUGGGAGGUGAUCUGGGCGGCUCCUCAUAUCUCCUCUCAGCACUUCGUCCUGUUCUUGGCCCUGGCCCUGGUAGAGGUCUACAGAGAGAUCAUCAGAGAUAAUACCAUGGACUUCACUGACAUCAUCAAGUUCUUCAACGAGAUGGCAGAACGUCAUGACGUGCAGCACAUCCUUCAGAUCGCUAGAGAGCUGGUGCACAAGGUCCAGUCUCUCAUCGAGAACAAGUGAUGAGGAGGAGGACGAAGAGAGGAGGAUGAGGAAGAGAGGAGCCAGAUGCCAUCACCCUUCGAUCCACCCUUCUGUCCUCCGCACCUAGCACAGCUUCCUCCCUCUCUUACCCCUCCAAAACCAGGGGAAGAGACAAAGACAUGGGCCCUCCAGCCCUCUCUCCCUCCUGGCCUCUAACCCUCAAUCCCUCCAGCCUUCAGCCCGCCAGCCAGACCGGUGGAGGAUGAAGGCUCCAGGUGACCAUCCUGGUCUGGAUGCAGGAGAGAACAGUGGAAAGGAGAGGGAUGUUGGCUGGGCCCAGGUUUAGAUUUGGGUCCUGGUUCCUGGUCUAGGUCUGUUCCUAGUCUAGUUCCUGGUCUGGGUCUGGUCCUAGUCUAGUUCCUGGUCUAGGUCCAUCACAGAGACCAGAGACCCCCUGACCUCUCCUUCUCAGAGACCACCUGACCUCUCCAUCACAGAGAACCCCUGACCUCUCCUUCACAGAGAACCCCUGACCUCUCCUUCACAGAGACCCCCUGACCUCUCCAUCACAGAGACCCCUGACCUCUCCUUCACAGAGACCCCCUGACCUCUCCAUCAGAGACCCCCUGACCUCUCCUUCACAGAGACCCCCUGACCUCUCCUUCACAGAGACCCCCUGACCGCUCCUUCACAGAGACCCCCUGACCUCUCCUUCACAGAGACCCCCUGACCUCUCCAUCAGAGACCCCCUGACCUCUCCUUCACAGAGACCCCCCUGACCUCUCCUUCACAGAGACCCCCUGACCGCUCCUUCACAGAGACCCCCUGACCGCUCCUUCACAGAGACCCCCUGACCUCUCCAUCACAGAGACCCCCUGACCUCUCCAUCACAGAGACCCCCUGACCUCUCCUUCACAGAGACCCCUGAGCUCUCCUUCACAGAGACCCCCUGACCUCUCCUUCACAAAGACCCCCUGACCUCUCCAUCACAGAGACCCCCCUGACCUCUCCAUCACAGAGACCCCUGACCUCUCCAUCACAGAGACCCCCUGACCUCUCCAUCACAGAGACCCAAGUAUUUGUUACCAGUCAGUGAUUGAGAUUCCUCUCAGUGUUGAUUCGGACGAUGGGCUAAAUGCGACGUGUGAUAUAUGUGUGACUUCAUCAAGUGUGACUUUGCUUUAGUGACACAACUUUAGAGUGUGAAUGACCAAGUAAGCCAGUAGCACAGAGACUGGGUACAGUACAGUGUAUAAAUACCGGGGUGCUCAGUGCACUACCAGUAGAGGCCUCUAGAGGGCCCUAGCCACUCACACAGGCUAUUAUGGAUUCCCCUUACAGAGGAGCAGAAGAGUUAAGAAGCCACGAAGAAGAAGCCUUCGUCUGUGACCAAAUUGACUGUGCCAACUUUCAGACCUUUUCAUUAAGUAUUUAUAUGAUCAGCCUUGAAACUUUGUCUUGUGGACCUGUUUUGAUUGGUUAAUAACCCUCUCUUCCUUUAGAAUGUUCCUCUCCCUAUAACCUUGCUUUAUGGUUUGUUAUUUUCUUCAAUUCCUCAGAUGUUGCCUUUAUUAUAUACCAAGUGUACUGUAUAUUCCAGCCUGAUCCACUUUGUUGUGAGUGUUGCCCUUGUUGGUCCAGUACCCAUCAAGCCCCCACCACUUCCCUAGUAGGGGCCAACACAGCUCUCCUUCGGGAGGUGGGCUUCGUUGAUUGGCAUAUAGCCUUUUCCUUCCCCUGUCGAAAUUCCAUUCUACGUUGUGCGCUAUUGACCACGACUGACCAAUGAACAUGACCAAAGUGAAAUUGAGUCAAAUGAUGAUAGCACAAAAAAAAAAUCAUUAAAAAAAAAAGAUCAUAAUCCGAUUUUUAAAUGAUUAUGAUACUCCUGUAUGAGGUGAGACAUUGUUUGUGUCUUAAAUAGCACCCUAUUCCCUAUAUAGUGCACUACUUUUGACCAGGGCACCAUAGGGUGCCAUUUGGGACAUUUGACAUCCUUACUAGUCUCCAGUAGCUUCAAAUAAUAACCUGCACCCUUAUUUCCAAAAUGGCUGUCAUGGAGUGGUUUCCUACAGUUACCACACUGCCCAGUCUUCCCCGAUCCCGUGGUGUUGUGAAGAAAUCAGCUUCUUGAAAUGCAGAGUGCCCAUUACAGGGCGAUAGUAGUGUGGAAUGUUUCUAAAAUGGAACCUUAAUAAUUCCCUUUAUCCACGGGUUGCACAUUUCUUCACAAGUUUAGUUUUUGAAGGUCUGUUUUAUAGGAGUGAUGCCCAGCUGAGCGUUCUACUCGAGGCAGUCACAACGAGUGUCGGUGAGGAGCUAUUCUGACGUGCGUUACGGUAGCUUGGAAACACGAUUGGAUUUUCAAAAAGAGGGAAAUAAUUAGUAGGACGAGCUUUUGUCAUCAUUGUCAUGUCAUGCCAGAUUGACUUUAGAUACAGUAUAUCUUUAGCUAGCUAGCUAAUUUUGAGGGGAGAGCACCAACGUUUUUUCCAGCUAACGUUAGCAUUGCUAGCUAUUUCUGACAAACUUUGCUAACUCACGGCAACAUUGCCAUCUCUAAAGUCAACUUGACAUCAUACUGAUGGCAAAGUUGUUUUAUACAAAUGAUUUGUCUACUUUAGCAAUGUCAUCGUAUUUCCAGGCCACUAUAGUGUAAAUUUGACUUAAAAAGUCAUUAGCCCCCCUUUUCAGACUGAGCAUUAGGGAUCAGUCAGAGAACAAUAUGCUGGGGCAUAUUGAGUGACGGAAGGGCAACCCGUGAUUAGUGCACUACUUUUGACCAGAGCCCUGGUUCUCAACCUUUUUUCGUUACUGUACCAGCAAAGUACAUUUUCUUCUGCCCAGAGUACCCCUGAAGGACCUACCCCCUUAUGUGUAUUUCACCAGUAAGCGUAUGGGCUCAGGAGAAUGUAAGUAAUGUACCCCGUGUGAAUAGGCCAAGUAGCCCUAGUUGAGAACCACUGGUAAAGGGAAUGGGGUUCCAUUUCAAACAUACAUGGGUUUAAGUACAGUAGACGUCACAACACACGUGGUAGUUUAUGAUUGCAGUGUGAAGAAGGGGAAAAGUUUAGUAGCCUGGAAUCAUAACUUAUUUUGUGAUAUUUAACUGCUGUUACAAUGUUGGGUGCAGCGUUUCAGUCUGGUUGAACCAGGCUAGAUUUGAGGCCCUUAGGAGAGCUAUUUUCUUCCAAUCAGGACCAUGUGUACCAAAGCCUCAAAAACAGCCUGGCCCUGAGGUAUGACGACAAGGUGCAAUUUCAUACCGUAUCGCAAAGACUGUUUAUUAGGUGUACAAUAUUUUUUUAAACCACGCUGUUUAAUUCUAGAUUAUAACUACUGUGCAAUUUCUGUUUUGACUAUCGAUGUAAUCUCUCACAUCUAUAAUGACUGCUGUAAAUAAAUAAACAAACCCCUCCCUCUCCAAAAAGCCCAAUAUUUCUAUGAGGACGGAAUAAGGAUAUAACGUAUUUUAAAGUGUAUUUUAAUACGUUUGGGUUUUAAAGCAGCGUGUAUUUGAGAAUGCUGAUUGCUGUGUAUAACAAUCCUGGUUACUGUGUUUAACUGAAUGCUGGUUACACUUUGUUGACUGUUAUGUUCUCUCAAUGUUGUGCACUGAUGGUGAAUAAGAAGAAAAAAAUAUAUAUAAAAAAAAUAAUUUCAAAAUUAUAUAUUUAUUUUGUUUUGAAAAGCCAACCAUUUGAAUUGCAGAUUAGGUAUUGUAUGUAUCUUUUGCCUUGAAUGUAAUGUAUUACUAAACACAGUUUAAUCCUUAUUAUUAAAACAUUUUAAUAACUGGGA